UCUCUGUUUCCGCGAUCAGCACAGUCGUGCCGCAUCCACCGCCGGUUGCGUACCUAUCUAGCGGUCCUCAAGGUACAUCGUGUACGCGCACCGGUUACGAUCGCAGUCGAUUUAAAAAUUUCACACUAGGGAAAUUGUGAUAGAAACACGCGAUGAUAUUUUCAGCGCGUCCCGAAUCGUGAUGAGGAGUCGCGGUAAAAUAAAAAAAUAAUUGUACAGUUUUGGACGAUCGUGUGAUUUCCGAUAAACAAUCGACAGAUCGGUUCGAGUGAUGUAGUCUUCGAAACUUCGUAAGAUACGAGAACGAAUGGAGCUUUCAUUUUUAAUCCGAACAAGUUUAAGGUCGACGCUGCCUGAACACGUGUAGUCGCUUCGUGUAUUUCGUUUCCUUGGCAAUAAUCUUUUCUAGUUUCAAUUACAGUAUCGAAUAAUUGCAUUUCAUUUGAAGUUAAGUGUACACGAUAUCGUUUUUCGAUACGAAACAGAGGCGUUAUCAGACAAUAUAUAUUUUGAUUACAAUAUCAGCUGUGUUUGCCUUUCGAAGAUUUCUUUUUAAACUUGGUACGCGCCUUGUAACCUUGUUCAGUGUAGAUUUUUUUUAGCACGAGAAUAGAACAAUUGUAACUAAACAAUUUAAAUUAAAUAUUUAAACAAGUUUAUUUUGAAAUUUUCGUAUACAGAAUAGUGAUCCACAUUAUAAAAAAAAUAAUAAUCGCUCUAUCUUUAUGAGAGUUCGGCACGAGAACAAUUUUGAUUAAACAAUUCAAAUUUAAUAUUUCGAAAAAAGUAUUUCUUUAACUUUCAUUAUAUUUGCGACAGAAUAGAAGAGUAUGAUUUCUACGAACCACGUUUCCAAAACUGUGCAUUUUGCAAUGAGAAAGUCCAUAUAAAAAUUUCUCCAUGAUCGAUACGUCAAUGUGUAAUCCGUGGUACAAUCGUUUUCGCAUUAACUUAAAGUAUCCGGUGCACGUAUUGAAUGCGUUCGAGUGUCGUUAAAAGCUACUCGGCAAAAGCGUGGAAGGAAACGUGCUCUAAGUUCGGUUGACAAAUAUGACGUUCGAGGUGAGCUGUCACAGUUGUGCGCCAAACACGAGAAUAUCAUAUUUCGCGAACAUUUAGGCAUAACGAGUUUUUAAGUUAAACAUCGUUCAUAACGCGUGAGCGAUCGAGCAAACGGUGACCUAUAAAAGUGCGAGGCUGAAUGACAACUGUUUUAUAUUCCUGUGUUUGACGCGUUUGUUGAACUGAAUUUGUGAUUUUUUUUUUUAAUAUAAAUCAAGAAAAAAGAAAAAGCGCGCGAUGACAAUAUUUUAAAUUACCCAAAAUGCCCAUUUCCGUUAAUAAAAUAGCCUGUGACGGGAUUUGGCGCGAUAAAGUGCGAUGUUUGUGUGUGAAAACAGCCUGGUUCGAGUCGGUGUGAAAAUCGAAUGUUUUCGAUUCGUGAUGUCACCGGCGGCAAAAGUGCUCCAGUGAUAUUCAACAAGAAUAUAUUUGCCGUGCUGGUACGGCAGCAAUUAGUAGCGGUUCGGCAGCAAUUAGCAGCGGUUCGGCAACCAAUCAUGAAUCGAUCUAUCUGCAUCAGUUACGUCUUAUCAGCCUUAAUCCGGUAAAAGGAAGGACGGAGGAUCGUUAAAGCCCCUCGAUAUCAGCGCGUGAGGGACAAGGUGUGUGAGCGGUGCACAGAAAGUUGAACAUAUUUUUCCUGCGCCAAGGAAAACCAAUAUUAAUCUAAAAACACAGAAGUUAAAAAGCAAACGGGCUAAAAAUUAUAUAAACAACGAAGAAUUCGAAUGCUAGAAGCACGAAAGAUCAAAACAUGAUUUAACUGGUGAAAACUUGUUUAACAAACAUAUAUAACGGAUAUGGAAGAAUAAAACUGCUACCGAAAAUAAUAGAAGAAACCAAAGUUUUUAAACAUUCACGACUACGUUGUACAAAAUAUGAAAUCCCUCAAGUUUUCUUUAAACAACUGGAGUAAUAACGAAGCGAUCAAGCGCUUAAGAAACGUAUGAAAAAUGGCUGUAACAAUGCCGUUUUAACAAAGUCGUUUACUGCGAUACACAAUGUUUCAAGAGAUGGAACGUUACAACGAAACAGAGAAAAAUGUCGAAGACGCUGAAUCCGAAUUCGAUCGGAAAGAAGUGGAGAGGAUCGUGGCAAUAGUGGUGCCGAUAUUCUUCGGCAUGAUCGGUAUCCUAGGAUUCGUUGGGAACUGUUUGGUGGUUACCGUCGUUGCUGCAAAUCCUGGCAUGAGAUCGACCACGAACAUUUUAAUCAUCAAUUUAGCCGUCGCCGAUCUGUUGUUCGUCGUUUUCUGCAUUCCCUUCACCGCGACUGACUUCGUGUUACCUUUUUGGCCCUUUGGCAACAUCUGGUGCAAGAUCGUUCAAUACCUCAUCAUCGUUACCGCCUAUGCCAGUGUUUACACUUUGGUUCUCAUGAGCCUCGACAGAUAUUUGGCAGUGGUUCAUCCAGUCACAUCGAGGUCAUGGAGAACAGAAAAUCACGCGAUCCUCGCUAUUUGCAUCGCUUGGGCGAUGAUCUUCACAAUCUCCACGCCUGCCCUCGUUGUUCACGGCGAGUUUCAGGACAAUGACACCACGCCGGCGAGUAAUCUGACGGCCUGUCGAAUCCUACCGCAGUACGAUUGGCCGUUCUUCCAGAUGACUUUUUUCCUGAUGAGCUACUUGCUGCCGUUGAUGCUGAUAUGCUUCUUUUAUAUUUGUAUGCUCGUCAGACUCUGGCGCGCCGCUCGCGUUAGCGCCGAGAGUCGACGUGGAAGAAGACGCGUCACGAGGCUGGUGCUCGUCGUCGUCGGCGUUUUUGCAUUUUGUUGGUGUCCUAUACAGGUAAUCCUGGUGACUAAAUCGUUGGGAGUGUAUCCACUGACAACGCCGACGAUAAUGUUUCAAAUUGCGAGCCACAUUCUGGCGUACACGAACAGCUGUGUCAAUCCUAUUCUCUACGCCUUUCUGAGUGACAGUUUUCGGAAAGCUUUUCGAAAAAUAAUAUAUUGUAGGCCACGGCCGGACCCGAACAGGCAGUUGGGACCAUUAACGAGAACCACGAGAGCUGCCAGUACCGGUGACAUCCUAUAGGCAACGAAUACGUCGGCGGCUAAUUCGUCCAAUAAAGUACGUCAAGCUAAUUAUUACAUAUUAAAGGACACCCUUGGCGCUCGACGUUGCACGACGGGUUCGUGAAACUUCGAGCGUGCCCCCAUCGACGAAGUGUAACUAUCGUUUCACGAAACAGUUAUGGCGAGCAGUGACGUGCGUUCAAUCCUUCUAAUUAACGAACGCAAAUGGUAAUUAAUUCCAGCAUGGCGUCGCUCGAUUUUCGGAGCAAUCGAACGUGACGAAUACUCCGUGAAUCGCGACGAGGAUCCGACGUUUUGGUGGGCCGCGAACCUGUGAAAUUUUGUACAUUCGUGAACUGCGUUCAAACAAACGCUAACGGCUGUAAAGAGAAUCGUGUAAAUAACGCUUGUAAGGUAACGAGACGUAAGGAAUUCAUUAAUUUUAAGCGAAUAGGUUAAAGUGUGGUUUACUAAUCUACAUCUGGUCACGAGCGACAGUUUCGCGUUUGUUCGGCGACUGUGGAAACGAAAACGUGAGAGCUUAUCACGGCCGAUCGAGAACUUUCCUGUUUACAUUAUAAGUUUGCCACCGCGUAACACCACCUUCGAGAUUCGCGGAUCAUAGCAGAUGAGCCCCUGCCUGAUCCGUGGUAUCCGUCUGAAGGAGAAACGUACGCGAUUACGAAAAUAAUUUCUUCUAUAAUACAGGAGUUUGUUUUCCAUCAGUGAAUCCGUAGGCUUAAGAUCUCAACGUUCGAGGAAAACUCGAAAUUCCAUGGAGAAUUGUUCAAAUGAAAAUUGUAAAGUAUGUAUAUCAAUAAAGACACUA